GCAGUCACCAAACACUUAGAGGGAAAGCGACAAACGUUAUGUCAGGCAGGAUGUCAUGUAGGUCCUUGCUGUUUGUGUAGGUUACACUCACGUCACUUCAAAACCAGCACAUUUAGUCGAAAUUGUAGAGGAGUCGUAGCAACCUGCGUCGUUAUUUUACGCGAAGAAAGACGAAAACCUGCGUAGUUUGUCAGUUGGACCUCUGCAACGGCCACCGUUAGCUUGAGGCCUAGCAGUUAGCUAACGUGACAUUACACCGAGGUUUGCUGGGAAACUUCUCAGAUGACACAGGCUUUCCACCGGUAAGUGUCCAGUGGAAAAACAAACCCCAUCAUCACAAUGACAGCUCAGGAAGGAGAGGGAUGGGGAGGCAUUAACCUGUCACCUCACCUGCACACAGAUGAGUGUAACGAACUGAUAACUCGCCUGAGGCAGUGCCACGCAGAGCACAGUGUCAUGAAGUUCUUCGGCACGUGUAAUGAUGCGGACCGUGCUAUGCGUAAGUGCCUGAAGAAAGAGAGACUGGAAAAGCGGGAGCGCAGCAAGCAGCAUGCACAGGAGAUGAGAAAGAGGCUGAAAGAAGGGUCCAAAGAGCAGCUCUGAAGGACAUCUUACUGCAACUUUGCCACUGGCACUGCGAGUUAAAACUACUCAGAUAAUGGGACACUGACUUAAUUAUGACACUGCUCAGCCUGCACUGCUCUUUUGAUGUUAAGACAGAGGAAGAGUUAUAACUUCUGUUUUAUUAUAUUGGCACUGACAGGUCUAAGAGUCAUGUGCUGUUCUUCCUAGUGUAAUCACUGUUUUGACAUUAGCAGAGAGAAACAUGAGUAAGAGGCAAAGUUAUUUAAAUGUUGGGAUCAUAUACCAGCGAUGACGUGGUACAGAUGCACAGCUCACUCUUACAUUUCCUGUGACGUGAACCCUUCUAACACUUUUAACUGUUUUAUCAUCUGCACAGACUGAAACUUGCAGUGUUACCAGAACAUUUUAAGUCAACACAAAAACAACAGCAUUCGGUCCUUUGGAUUAAAGAUUGCUGUCGGGGAUCAUCAUUUAUUUCCCCCUCUGUUAGCAGAACAGCUCCAGCUCCAUCAAAGAGAUUAGUGUGGCUGCUGGCACAAGCUUUUCAUCAAACCAUUAUUUAAGUUGGCAGGACACCUCAGGAAUAUUCUGGUGCCUGUUUUAUUCAUGAAAACAGGGAAAGUCAAUUUCAGGGUAUCAGAGGAGCAUGGAAAAAGAAAGACCCAAAACAGGAUGACCAGUGGCUUUGUUUUACUCUCAAUGUGAACAUACACUCAUGAACACACUCAUCAUUGUAUGAAAGUUUAUUUGAAUGAGGAAUCAUAGUGAUUCAUUACAAGUUUGAUUGGUUUCAAAUAAAGUGAAAUUGUGAGUUACUUUAAGAAACCAUG